AUGGACAGUGAGUGGGCCACCAACUCCCGAGGGGAAGUUGUCAGAGUGAGCCCGCGGUCAACAACACACGGCCCUUUUGGCCCUCCACCUCCUCUCCCAGUCAAUUUACCUGAUGAGCUGCAGGGCAUCUGGCGUGAACCGGUGGAAUCCUCGUCUUCUCAUAGUGGCCAAAAUCAAGAGACCUCGCCUGCAGAGGAAAAUCGGAGCCUUCCACAUGGGGAUGAUCAUGCCAACGAUGGACACAUGGAGGAUGAUCAAAUCACGACGUCCACGUCUACGACCCCCCCGGAUUGGAUGGCCUCCUCCUCUACAUCCCUGCUGUGGUUGACCUCAUCAUCUACGACGGCUCACAAUGUUGGCGGGCUUGCCCUUCCAGCUGGAGGAGAUCAUACUGAUGAUAAAGAAAGGGAGGAUGCUACUACCACGACUUCCACGACUACGACUAUCUCGUACUGGAUGGCCUCCUCCUCUUCAUCUUCGCAGUUGUUGACCUCGUCGACUACAAUGACUGCCAAUGGUGAACGGAUUGUGGUGGGAAGCGAACAAUGGAAUACUGGGUCUGCAUUGGCUGUGCUGCUCUCUUCUACAACCUCCACGACAAGCUCUUCGUCUUUGGGUGUUACAUGGCCUUCGGACGUCGUUAGAGAUACUGUCAAUGUCAACCUCAUUCACGGUGGACAAGUGGAUGUCGUCGAACUUGUUAGAAGACUACUUGUACAUCUUCGACGAGGACGACAUCGACAAGCCCUUCUGGAGGACGCCAUUGAGGAGGCCCUUGGUUGGAUCCAGUUGCCAAUCGUUGCUGCUCCCCUUAAUGUUGGCCACUUUGAACAGGCCAUCUGGACGACGAUUCUUCAGCAGGCUGAAUUUGGGUCUGGACCCACCACGUCGAGCACGAAUGCCACUGUGUCUGCCCCAUCAGCCCUCCUUGGGCCUGGCUUCCCGGACACGGUGGAUGCCUUGCUGGCCAUGUUUCCUGGGACCGCACCCAACACGAUCGUGGGAUAUCGUCGUCGGGCUUGGCGUGCUCACAGUCGACGCCUUUAUGAGGAACAGGUUCUUCCAGUACCACAAGGACAUUGGCCGUCUGAUGAGGAUGAAGGUCUCUUCAUUGUUCAGCAAAAUGAGAGCAUUGGUAUUCCAAACUGGCCAACUGACGUCCUCGUCCUCGUGGCCUACAUGUUCGUCGGAGAGUCGUCCGUCGCAGGGUCAGUCGUCCUUGGGGUGAAACCAGACGGAGAAGAAGUUGUAAACAGUGGGCGGCGAAAUAUCGUGAAGCUGGUCCUGCCGCAGGACAUGUCGGCCAUCUCCGGUGCGUCUACGCAGCACACGAUUCGCGUUUCGCAGCUGUCACUUCCCGUCCUCGGAUUCUUCGGUACGCCGUUCGGGGGCCAGGUCUCCCUGCCCGACGACACGCGGGUGCACUACACCGAGUCUUCCGGAGUCUUCUUGUGGAAGGAUUGGGCAUGCAAGCACAAGCGUCAAUAG